UCCAUAUAUCUCGACGAUCAACGCAUAGCUUGCUUGCUUGCUGUCGUCUCUGAUCACCACCGCUAGCUGAUCGAAUCCACAAGCAGCAGCUAGCACACGCAGCUGAGAGACCACCACCGAAUUCAAAUGGCGCACCACUUCCUGGGCAAGCACCACAAGGCCGCCGCCGGCGAGGCCGAGCCGCAGCCUCCCAAGGUCACCGACUGGCGCAAGGAGGAGAAGCACCACAAGCACAGGGAGCAGCUCGCCCAGCUCGGCGCCGUCGCAGCGGGAGCGUACGCCGUGCACGAGAAGCACAAGGCCAAGAAGGACCCCGAGCACGCGCACUCGCACAAGAUCAAGGAAGGCGUCGCCGCCGCCGUCGCCAUCGGCAGCGCCGGCUUCGCCUUCCACGAGCACCACGAGAAGAAGGACGCCAAGAAGCACCGCCGCCACGGGCAUUAGUCCGGCGCGGCUGUUAUUAUUCCCCAUCGAUUGCCGACGACUCGCCGCCGUUACAUAGUAUACUAUAUAGUACAAGAAAUAAUAAUAAUGGGACGUAGAGUAGUAUAUGUAUCGUCAUUCGUCCUACUACUUUGUGUACAUGCAUGCUGUACUACUUAUUCACAUUGCGUUCAUUGAUGGUUUAUUUGUUCAUGCU